AUGAAUUGUUUAAAGUUAAUGUAUGAUUUCCCAGCUUAUUAUAAAUAUGAAAUGGGCAUAGAAGAUAGGCAUGUGCUGAAUGAACGAUAUUCACUGGGAACACUAAUGAGUUUUAUACAGCUACUUAAUACUAAUCAGUUUCAAUCUAGUCCAAUAAAAAACAGAAGGUGGUAUGUUAAUCACGAUUGGAAACUAAUUUCAGAGCAGAUUAACUCUAAAUCCAACCAACAUGCAGAUGUAAUCCUUAAUAGUAAUUGCAAUAAUGGAAUUAAUACUUUGUUAAACAAUGAAAUAAACUCUGUUUCUUCCAGUUGUUCAAAAGAAAGUUUUUCAAACUUCUAUGCAUUAAAAUCUGAUCAAGCUAGAUUGGGGAAAUAUCGACCCAAACCAAAGUACAAGCAAAGAAUUAGUGCAUUCGAAUUCACUAGUGAUCAAUCAACUCAAUCGGAUACACCAACUCUGUCAAAUCAGACACCUAGUGAUUUACUUAUUCAAGCUAAUCAUCGAACAAAGACAAGUUCUAAUCGCCUGAAGGCUAAAAUAUGCCCGAACAGUGGUACUAGUGAUUCAAAGCAACUGAAAAGUUUCAUAAAAGUUAACUACACAUCAGGUAAUAGACAUAAUUCAAAGGUAUCCGACACUAGUAAGUUGUCAGAGAAUUCAGGGACAUCAAAUGACAUUAUUUCAAGCUUUGAAGAAGACGGAGCAGAACAGAAUGAAACAUCUCACAGCUAUCGUACAGAUAACCUUCUCCAUGUUGUCAAUAAGGAGACCUGUAACUCAGACCAACAACUGAACAGUCUGACACUGAGAAGCCAAUGUUCAUCGUGUACUACUACUACUACUACUGCGACACUGUCAGAAAUUUUCGACGAUACAACAACAUGCAGCCAAUCAGUCGGUACUGAAAUCAGCGAUAUUUACAAUGGUCCAUCAUUGCGUACAGUACGCUAUAUCGGGACAAAAUUACCUACUCAUAAAUGGCAUAGAUCAGGUUCCCUGUUACAGAAUAAAUUAAGAAAAGAAACUGACAGUGCAUAUUUAUCUCUAGAGCAUCGUAAAUGUUAUACACGACAUUAUAUUCGGAAGGCUGUAUCAUCUAUUCAUAAUGUUCCACUAAAUGUUUUGACUAACAAAAGUACAAUUGUAUGUGAAAUUGCAGAAAAACGCACUGUCAAUGAGGAUUUCCUUCAGCCUAGAAGUUCACUGCCUAGCAGACAAAGUUUCACUUACACAGAUAUGAAUAAAGAUAUACAGAUAUGUUCUCCCAAACGAUUAGUUUGCAUAAAUGAAGCUAGGCAGAGUAUAACAAGCAAUGAAAGUGAAGGACACAUGCUCAAAGAAGCUUUCCCUGGACAUGAUAUACAAACAUAUUUUAUUGCUACUUGUACUACUAAACUUCCAUAUGAUGAAACAUUUUCUCACUUACCUGAGAGUUCAUUUCUAAAAGCUGAACACCCUGAGUAUACAUCGUCAUCAGAGAGACAAAAGUUUAGUUUUGAUUUAUGUGUACCGGGAACACUUACACAGACUGAGUUCUUAGCGCAAACAGUACAAAUAAAAAGUCUUCUUAAUAAGCCUAAAAAGCUUAUAAAUAUUAUAUUGAUGAAAACUCCAGCGUUACUAAAUUCAGCAUUAGGUAAACACAUAUUGAAAAACAAUGAAGUAUCCUUAAAUUGCACUGAGAAAAGCUCUGAACUGGAAAUAAACAGUGAAGAAACUUCAUCUGAAGACACUAGACAAGAAUUCAUAAAAGACUCUGAAACAAGUUCAAAGUCACCGUCAAGUUUAAUCGUUUGCAAUCCAGAGGAGACAAAUAUAAUAACUGUAUUCACAACUCCUGAAUACACCCAUCUCUUGUCAAGUCUAUUACAUCUACAAGAUACCGACAAAAGUGAAGUAAAACACCCGUUUUAUUUUGCAUAUUUAAAUGAUGGACCAAGUGAAUCACAUGGGGAUUCACCUCGAAAUACUAUUUCACAUAUAUUAAGUAAUAUAGUUGACAAUUCAAAUUUACUUACACCAAGAACACACUCUAUUGAUUCUGAGCUAACUUGCUUAACAUCCAGUGAAAUAUUACCUGAUUCGUACUUUUCAAAACGAUCACAUUCACAAUCACAAGAUGAUAUAGAUUUGAGUCAAUCUGUUGAGACUAUGCCUAGUAGUCUAUCUAAGCAUCAACUUUUUUCUUUCCCUAAAGAAAUUUUUGGAGACUGCGGAAAAAUUGUCUACUGGUUUAGUAAUACGCACACAACACCGAGUAAUUAUGCUAUCCCAAUCAAUGCACAUAUAUUUCCUGAAAAGUGUGUUUAUUUUGAACAAAUUCUAUUCGGAGAUACAAAUAUAACUUCCAGUCAAUCAGUGUGUGAAGACAGAAGUGUAAAACAAGAUAUGCUUAAAGAAUCUUUAAUACCAUCAUUGGCUGAUAUUCAAAUGUUCACUCCAACUGCAGUGAAUCAAUUAAAACAAAAUAUCACUGAUAUACAAGAAAUUUGUUCAUUCAAUAAAACAAUGACUAUGAGAGAUACAACAAGUGAUUCAGCCUCUCAUAGAACUAAUGAAAUGUCAAAAAAUUCUUUAAGCAUAUUAAAAUCUAGAAUUUUUGAUAGUUUUGAUAUCAAGAAGGCAAUGUCAGCGAGGCGUACAUCCUUUACUGAAAUCACUGGAUUCAAUUAUAUGGAUUAUCCUAUUUUUAAGGAACAUUUUGAUAAACUCACAAUUUUAUCAAAACUUAGAAAUGGAAAUAGUUUAAAUACUUUCUGUAAUAUUGGUGAAAAUUUAAUCGAUUGGAAUAGUCAAAUUUCACCGAUAUCAACAACAACAACAAUGGCGACUAAGCAACAGGUUGAAGGAGUUAUUACUAGCUCGAAAGAAAAUGAACACUCGUCAUCAACAGAAGCACCUGGAAUAGAAAGAAUCAUUAACAAAGAAUUAAUAAAUUUAUGCGACUCAAUAAACGUGAGUGAUUUACGUUAUGGUGAUGCCAUUGUCAGUUCAUGUCAAUCAUCCAAGUAUCAAUUGUCAUUUAACGAUCAGAAAGUGAUCUCAUCAGUAGUUAAGAGAAAAGUGAAAGAAACUCCAUCAUCUUUAGAUUCAGUAAAUAAGCCUAAAUUUAACAGAAACACCUCACGUAGUUCAUCUCUUGUAAAAGCUGAGCAAAAGAUUCAUAAACCUGUUAAACCGUUGAAUAGAAUAACCAAUCCCCCAGCAAAUAAUCAGUCCUAUACUCAAGCGAGGAGAAAUAAGCAUGGCUAUGAAAAUUCAACAGUUGCAGCUAGUGUAUUACAUAAUAAAGUAAGACAUUUGUCGUCAAACAGGUCGACGUAUUCAUCUCGUCCAAAGAGGCUACCAUCUUCUAAUAUGACCAAUGGAUUGAGAAAGCCUUCAGUAAAGAAAAAUGUAUUCGAUGAAAAACAAGAUUCUAAAAGUCACUAUGGUCCUCUGUACUUUUCUUAUUUUAUGAAUGAUCUUCACCUUAGUGGUAGUGAGGAUCAUAAUAAGAAAGACGAUAGCCUAUCGAAUGUGUUACAGGAUUCGAAGAAGACAGUGAAGAAAGUCCCCGAAAUUGUAUCAGUGAAUGAGCAAAAUAAAGUAUUUCAUGAAACUAUCAAACCUGCCAACUUAGAUCAAGUUACUAACAAUUCUAAGUCAAUGAAUUUGCUACCAACUAGUGAUAUUGUCACUAUAUCAGCAAAGACAGCAUUAGACAAACAAGAUAAAGUGACAGAAACAGGGAAAUAUGUACCAUCAUCUCUCAGGGAGAUAUCCGAUAUGAAUAGACCAUUUCGGAGAACAAACACUUCACCUAAUUUGAGAUGCAAGAUUAAAUAUCCACACGGAAAAACAAUUGAAACACGUACUGAAUGUAGUAAAGAGGUACUAGAAGAUGAUUUGAAAGAGCAGACAGAGAAUUGGAUCUCGAGCAUUAAGAAUGAGACGACUUAUGAUAAACGGACAGAUGUUGGUCCUAGAGCUUUCUCCCCCCUUGUUUCACCGACUGUUACUGGGUCUGAUCAUCAUAGUCAAAGGAAGUCUGAAGGUAAACAGGAGAUUAGAGAGGAAUCGUAUCACUUUAAGAAAACAGAAUUUUGGUGUUGUGGUAUUUGGCGUCGAAGUAAAAGCCAUUCACGUUGA